ACCAGGCCGCUCGAUAAAACGUUUUGCUCUUUUGAGACCCCUCCUGUAGAGAUGCUUACUGGCUCAAGUCUAGUGGCAGCAGCCUCAGUAACACGUCCCCUUGGAGACUAGCAGGAGCAACACGUGAUGCGUCUUACUUAUCAGGUUUAGGGGAGAGGAGAGAGCAGCGCUUUGGGGACGGCCAGAGAGGAAAGCGAAAUAAGUGUUUUCCUCUCGUCUCUCAACUCUUUCUUCCUCUUUAGGAAUUUGGAAGAAAGAGAGGGGAACAAAGUUGUCUAACUUUGCACAUCCUCAGUAACGCCAUUUUGAUUCCUCUCCGGAACAACUUUGCAGCUUCUUUUUUUUCUUAGCCCAUCAUCACCAUUCACCAUCAUCAGUAUGUCUCGGCGCAAGCAGCCCAACCCCAACAAAGUCGAACUGUGAUCAGUGGGUGCUGACACUCGAGGUGGGCAGGCAGGCCGUCGUCUCCCCCCCAGCCCUGAGCUCCGAGCCCAGACACCUUUUUGCCCUGGUCUCUCGAGGUGAUGGAGAGCACCAUGGAGAGCACGCGUCCGGGGGGAGGAGUGAGCGUGGAGCUGAGCGCUGGAGAGACCGAGCACUCGGAGGAGCAGGAGACCCCUGAUUCCACACACACACAGGACAAACACACAGGGAGUAACGGAGUGAUGGAGGAAGAGGAGGAGGAAGGCAUGGCUGGAGAAAAUGGAGAGAAUAUGACAGAGGAGGAAGGCGUGGACUUGUCAUCCAUCAACACCAUGUUGUCGACGGUGAUGAAUGCAGGCCAGCUCAACGGAGCCCUGGAGCCUUCCACACCCUCCACCCCCAUCAGCAGGACCACCCUGCCCAGACCCCCUAGUGUCAACCGCAACGCCCGGAGGAACACCACGGAAGCCAAAGACUUCAGUACAGAUUUCAUCUGUCCCCUGUGUGACAAGGACUGUAUGACCCAGCACCAGCUCACUAUGCACAUCCGACAGCACAACUCGGACAACGGGGCGACGGACCACUCAUGCAGCAUCUGUGGCAAGGCCCUGAGCUCAGCCAGCUCGCUGGACCGCCACAUGCUAGUGCACAGCGGAGAGAGGCCCUACAAGUGCUCCUUCUGUGGACAGACUUUCACCACCAACGGCAACAUGCACAGACAUAUGAAGAUCCAUGACAAAGACCCGGCUGGCGUCGUUCCCACCAGCCCCCCCUUGCCCACCAAGAGACGUCGCCCCUCCGCCAAGAGGAGGUCAGCCAUGGACGAGGAUAAGGAGCGAAGCGACGAACCGGCCAAAAAAAAGGUGCUAGAGGAGAGUGUGUUGGAGGAGUUGGGUUCAGGCCAGGGGGAUGAUGAGGUGUUGCCGUGCCCGAUCUGCUUCAAGACCUUUGGCUGCAAGUACGACCUGGAAGUCCACAUGGACACACACCCCGACACCACGCUCAGGUGUGACCUGUGCUGCCUCUCCUUCCGGACCCACCGCGGCCUGCUGCGGCACAACGCUGGCAUCCACAAGCAGCUGCCCAUAGACCCCGGCGGACAGCCCUUCAUCCAGAACAACCCCUCCAUCCCCUCUGGCUUCAACGACCUGGCCUUCAUUGACUUCUCCUGCCACAAGUUUCCCCACAUCGCCCAGGUCUGGUGUGAGACCAACCUCCGCCGGUGCACCAGCAAGUUCCACCGUUUCGUGUGUGAAGCCUGCGACAAAGGAUUCCCCUUGCUCUCAGCCCUGGUCCUGCACAAGACCACCAUUCAUCAGCAGCAGCCGUCACCCACAGGGAGCGCCCAGGAGUCCCCCGCAGCCCAGGAGAAACCGGCAACUCCGGCCCCUCAGCAGGCCAGCUUCCUGGAGACCCUGGGUCUGCAGCACAUCUCCCAGGUCAAGCUUCAGCCUUCGGAGGAUGAGGUCCGGCAAGCCCAGCUGGACAGCAUCCGGGUCAUCCAGGUGGAGCCUCUGGCCUCCACCUUGCCCCAGGAGGUUGAUUCCGCGGAUGCAGGAUCCCUCGGCUUGGUGGCGGCCUCGUCCCUGCAGGGCCUGUCCCAGAGGGAGGCCCUCAGCCUUCUCUCCCUGCAGCCUUUCCCCACAGGCUUCCUCUUCCACCCAGGUGGUGGUUCUACGAUCAAGCCUGUGUGUGGCGAGGCUGGCCUGAUGGAGCUGGCUGACAUCCAGCAGAUCCUGAAGGUGGCCUCGACCGCCCCCGGUCAGAUGGGCCUCCUGCCGUCCCUGGCCAAGGCUCCACACUGGGGAGUGUCCAGCCAGAGCCAGGCGGCCGGCUGCAAGCCCAUGCCCCCACUGAAGCCAAAGCCCAUGGUGGCACCACGAUCCAGCCUGGCUGCCUCCACGCUGCCAACGCUCCAGAGCACCCAGCAGGCCUCCCUGGGCUGCAUCAGCCCCAGUCUGCCCCCGCCGGCCAGCCAGCUGCUCAAUAUGCCCCAAGAGUCUUCAUCAUCUUCCUCCUCUUCCUCGAGCAGCCAAGCCUCCCUGGAGAAGAUGCAGAUGGAGGCAGACUGCAUGGGCGACGCCCAUAUGCCCAACGACUCGACAGAGCUGCAAAUCAAACAAGAGGAGGGCCAGACGGCCGGAGGGAAGAAGGGGGCAGGGGGCUCCAACCGCGGCGGCAUCAAGGCUUCCUACCCGUGCCGCUUUUGCGAUCAGGUGUUUGUUUACUCUGGGGUGCUGCAGGCGCACAUGCGCUUCCACCUGGGCAUCCUGCCGCACCAGUGUAACAUCUGCGACUACGUGGCGCCCGACAAGGCCACCCUUAUCCGCCACCUGCGCACGCACAGCGGCGAGCGCCCCUACGUUUGCCGCGUCUGCCACUACCCUUUCACCGUCAAGGCCAACUGCGAGCGCCACCUGCGCAAGAAGCACAUGAAGAACACAAGGAAAGAGAUCGAGAAGAACAUCAAGUAUGUCUCGUCGACCACAACCCAGGAUCCCUUGGAGCUGGCCUCCGCCGGCGACACCGCCUGUCGUUUCUGUGGUGAGGAUCUAAAGAGCUACCGGGCUCUCCAGAUCCACCUACGCACCCACAACGGCUGCCAACGCAAGCCCUUUGAGUGCCGGCGGUGUGGGGCGGCUUUCUUGGCCAAGAGGAACUGCAUCCACCACAUGCUCAAGCAACAUCCCGAGGUGCAGGAGCGGGAGAUCGAGGAGCACAUUGCCACCCUUCUCCCAGCCAUCACAGCCACCACCUCCAGGGCCAGCUCCAGCAGCCCUCUGGCUCUCAAUGGCCUUACGCCCACCCCCAGUGCCACCAUGCAGCCGGUCAAGGUGGAAGAUUUCAGCAUCUACUCCUCCUCCGGUGACUUGGAUCAGCCAUUGGACUUCUCCAACAAGAGCCGCGGGGGGGGUGGAACCAGCAGCGGUUCAGGGAGCCUAGCCGGUUCUCCUGGGAUCAAACUGGAGACGGUCAGCCUGGUAGCCUACGACUGCUCCAUGGAACCUAUUGACCUGUCCAUCCCCAAGAACCCCAACAAGAGGUUGAACAGAGACGCCACCGCUGUUGACACGAUGAGCGUGGAGCGCCGAGAGAUCAAAAAGGAGCUGCCCUUCUCCAGUGUACUGGACCACCUCCCCUCAUCAAUUCAGCUGAACAAGAGCUAUGAGGAGAAUCUGAAGACCCCCCAGUCUGGCUCUUACCAGCUCCCCCCAGUGACCAUCUCCCCGCUUCUCAUUAGUACCCCUACUGCCACAAGCCGGGCGCUCCGUCUCAAGCCCUUGCUGCCCAAACCGACCUCUUCUUCCUCCUCCCUGAAAGAGCUUCCCCCUCUGGCUUCCAUCGCCCAGAUCAUCUCCUCCGUCUCAACGGCUCCAGAUUUGCUCAAGAGGGAGCCCACGCCGGAUAACAAGGCUGGCGCCGGCCUCAACGGCCUUCAGACAGAACCGGAGCGUUUAGUUGGGGGCGACAACAGCUCUGAAGCCUCGAUGGAAGAGCUCCCCCUAGAGGGCUCGUCCAGAAAGCGCACUAGGAAGAAGCCAGCGAGCCAGGCCAAGACUAUAGCAACUGCCCGUGUGCCCACGCCCGAGCAAAACACAGACAGCGGCAUGGACCUGGAGUCCAGUGGGGAGUUUGCCAGCGUGGAGAAGAUGCUAGCCACCACCGACGCUAACAAGUUCAGCACCUACCUGCGGACGGGUGCGGUGGAGCUUGGAAGGAGGGACGAGGGGAGACAGAGUCAGGGAGAGGAGAAAGAGUCACCACCUCAGUCUGUGCCGCCCCAGUCCAAAGGAGGGAAGAAGAAUGCCUACUCCAACUCAGUGCAGAAGAUGACCUGUCCCUUCUGCCCCCGGGUCUUCCCCUGGGCCAGCUCCCUGCAGAGGCACAUGCUCACACACACUGUCUUCUCUAAUGUGCUGUCGGCUACAGGUCAGAAGCCCUUCCCCUGUCCCAAAUGUGACGCCUUCUUCUCCACCAAGUCCAACUGUGAGCGCCACCUGCUGCGCAAGCAUGGCGUGACCAACCGCUCGCUGCGCCGCAACAGCCAAAUGUCCAAGAACAAGGAUGGCGAUGAGGGAUCACACGACAGCGCAGAGAGUUCUGAGAAUGAGCAGACUGCAGGAGAAGCUCUGGACCUGAGCAGCAUGGACCCCGAUCAGAAAAGCUCUGCAUCCGAGUCGCCCAGCGCAGACCAAACACCAGACACUGCUGAGCUGCUGCUAGGGGAGAUGGAACCGCAAUCCAACAACAACAACAUUGAAAAUGACGACAACGACGAUUCGCAGAGCAACAAGAGCUUGGACCUCAACUUCGCCAGCAAGCUCAUCGACUUCAAGUUCUCGUCAGAAGGCCAGCAGCCCCAGACCUCCCUGGUUGGAGAUAAGGUGGUGGUGGUGGCCGAGCCAGAUAGAGUGACGGCCGCCCAGCAGCAGGACCAAGAGCCCUCCAAGUACACCUGCAAGAGGUGCAAGAAAAACUUCCGUUAUGCCGCCACCCUGGCUCGCCAUGAGAAGGCACACUUGUGUGAGACUGCACCCCCCGAAGAGGCUUGUGGAACAGAGGAGACUGGGCCUGCCCCAGAGGAUCUCCCCAACACUACUACAACCACCGCCGAGGAGGAGGAUCAGGAGGAGGGAGAUGGAGAGAAGGAGGCUCCGGAAAGCGAGGGAGUGGGCAGCGUGAUGGACAGUGGUUCAGAGGAGGAGGAGAAGAAGGAGGAGCGAAGUGACGAGGAGGGGGCAGCAGAACCAAAGAAUGAAGGAGAGGCAGGCAGAGGGUCGGGGAGCAAGGCGGACAAGAGGAAGAAGAUCUGUAACGUGUGCAGCAAACGCUUCUGGUCCCUGCAGGAUCUGACAAGACACAUGCGUUCGCACACAGGUGAGAGGCCCUACAAGUGCCAGACGUGCGAACGCACCUUCACCCUUAAGCACAGCCUGGUGAGGCACCAGAGGAUCCACCUGAAGCCGCGGGGCAGCGAGGGGGCAGAUGGAGCUGAUGCCAAUGGGGCAGAGGCCCCGGCCGGAGACUCAGCUAGUGAGGAUGGAGAGUGCACCCCCACCAGCACCUGCCCCCCUUCCGAAAACGAGAGCGAAGGCACUGGAGGGGCCAGGGAGGAGGGAGGCGAGGGAACUGAGAAAGAGGCCCCUCUGCCAGGCCCCACAUCCCUGGCCCAGUCCCUGUCCACCACUGAACCAGCCCAGUCAGAGUCAGCUACAGAGGCCAUAGCUGAGCCGCUCGUUGAGCCAGUCUCGGAAGCGGUCUCUGAAUCAGUUCCUAACCCACCUGUAGAACAAACCUCAGACGGACCCUCUGAAACAGAUGUAGAACUAAACGCUGAGGUAUCAGCCUCUGAAAUGGCUAGAGAAACAGAUGGCAAUGCAGCCACUCAAACGCCAACAGCAACCCCCAAAGAAUCUUCCACAGAGUCCCCAGCCCCACAGCCCACUACCCCAGAGAAAGACCCUGAUGGCCCCUCGGAAGGCUUCAUCCAAGGCCUACUGGAGAUCCACACCAAGCCUUCCCUCGAGCACAUCCUUCCCGCUGGUGAGGCUCCCUUGGUGGGCGUUGAGUGAGGGAGGCACCCUCCUUCCUACCCCCAGUCUCUGGUUCUCUUUAUGCAGUGGACCGCUGUAUGUGCCGCAGUGCCAUAAGAUAGAAGUACUCCUAAAGAAUGCAAGACGAUGAAAUCAAGAAGAAACACCUUGUUUCUAAGUGCCUUACUACUUCUAUUUUGUUAGUUUUUUUGCUAUAUCUUUAUCUACAUUUAUCUACCGAGGAUCUAAUUUUUUAUAGCGUUUUAUGAUGAUUACAUAAUUGUUUUUGGAUUCUAUGAGAUGAACUUUGAAUAAGCAAUAAAUGAAAUCAAAUUUACCAUGACCGAUUUAUAUUAAAUGAUCAAGUGUGUGACAGACAAAAAUAACUGUUAUUGUAUAUUUAAACCACAGUCGUACCUUAAAAACAAUGCUGAGACUGAGAAAGGACUUGAGUUUCCCAGCAGUGGGGAUUAAGUCACUCAUGUAACUGGAAGCACAGCUAUAGCAGAUACCCGUCAGGCUGUCACAAAGGUGUCCUGAGAAAGGACUUGAUUUACUCUCUCAUGAUCCCUGAUAACCAACAUCAACAGUCUCUCUGUUUGUAUUGAGAAUACAUUAAUGAACUGUGACAUGAUUUGGUGUUAGGAGGCAAAUCAAAGAAAACAGACCUGACAAUGGAUAGCGUACCAUAUCUGAGAUCUAUGCUGUUGCGUUCCCCUAGGCUCUCUUUAUCUUGCCAUGAUAUGGGCAAUAUUUGCCUGAAACGUGUGUUUUUCCCCCGAAUCAUUCGCAUUUAAUUUCAUGUGCGUUGACCAUGUUGCAUGUGGGAGUGUUGUGUGUGUGUGUGUGUGUGUUAUUCGUUCAGGAGAGGUUGGGGGAUAUAAGGUGUUUGAGGAAAUGUACUUUUCCUGAACAAAAGGGCUUGAUAUGUGUACCCCCCCAUAUCUCUCACUGUCACUUUCUAGCGUUCCUAGAUACUUGUACUGUGUCUGUACUACCACCAGUGUGUCCGGCGUGUGUUGUGUCCACCUCCCCCUUGGUGGCAACUCAUUUCCUUGCCGCUACUUUACACGUCUUCCAGAACCAACCGUCACUGUGUUCUUAAAGGCCUACCUGUGGUUCUGCUGGGUUGUUUUGAAGCAGAACCUCACCUCGUGCGCUAGGUGGAACACUACUCUGUUUUGUCUACUUGAACUUUUGUAGCCCUUCUGCCUCCCAUUCAGGCAGCCACCUUCCACCACACCACUCGCCCCCCCUUCCCCCCUCAAGAGCAUCUUUUCCGAGGUGGGACUCAAAUGUCAAUCAUGUCACCUUAUGGGGUUGAAUUUUGUCUAAAUGUAUGUGUUUUUCUCCCUUCUCAUUUUAUAUUUAAAAAAAACUCAGAAGCAAACAAAUCAAACCUCAUGGCGCUGUAAGACGCAGGCAGCAUCGGCUGGCUGGAGGCUGACAGACCGAGAGCAGGGAGCACUGGACUAGUCAGCCUCUGCCAGGCAACUGCCCAUAUGGCACUAACAAAUUACAAACAAAUCUACUACGACAAUAAACAGCUAAGCAAUCAGAGAGAAUGAACUGAAGUGAAUUUCUGAGCUGUGUUUGGAACUUGAACGUAACACAGAGUAUUAAGUGGAGGGGAGAGGAGGAGGUGCGGCACAUUGAGGGGGCGGCAGGGUAGCCUAGUGGUUAAGAGCAUUGGACUAGUAACCGGAAGGCAGUUAACCUACUGUUCCUAAGCCAUCAUUGAAAAUAAGAAUUUGUUCUUAACUGACUUGCCUAGUUAAAUAAAGGUAAAAUUAAAUUAAAUUGACAGGUGGUGAGACAAGUACUCCAUGCAGAAAGAAGUCUGCCCUCUAGUGGCCGUACCACAGUAUCUCCCCCAUCCCAAUCCUGCUCUCAGGCACUGGGAAAGUAUUGUCAGAAUAGAAUGCUAAAUGCAAUUGUGUUCUAAAAAAACACUGUGUUAAGGGACUCACUCAGCUUAUCUCAUUAUACCUUUGACCCCGUGUGGGUGUAUGAUUAUGAGUCCCAUGAGAAUGCACAUGGACUGUUUUAUUGUAUUUAUUUGGAAAUCUGGUGAGGGGUGAAUAGAUGUGACUUGAGGAGAAGCCAUGUAUUAUUACCACAUUAAUGCUGCAGAGAAUACCGGAUUCAAAUCCACAAAAUGGUCCCCCAGCAUCGGCCCGGGACUUCUAUUAGCAAUAAUCACUAUUGAUUUGAAAGCUUUAUGUCGACCUUUGUAUUUGUUUAUAGACUGUGUGGGUCUAUUUUUGUUUUGUUUAUUAUUUUUAGUUUGGCUAAGAUUUUUUUUCCUCAGAUAUAUAAAUACGUAUAAAACUGUGAAAUUCACUGUGUUUCAGAUAAUGGGUGAGUUUUAGGCUUAUUUUGCAUGUAACCCUAAUUUGUUCAAUUAUGGAUGAUUAGUUUUUUCUCUCCAUCUCGCUCUCAGGGUCUUUAUAAAAUGCAUAUUCAAUACUUCAUUUUCCUGAGUUGCAAGAAGUUCUUACAAGUUCUUUUUUUACGAUUAAAACUGUCAAUCACUACAUUUAGCACUUGACUGUGAACUGCAAUCAGCAGAACAGAGAAAAUGAACUUGUGCAAAAAAUCCUUGUGGUUGAGAGCGUGCUGUCAGCAGGAUUCUUGUUAUAAUACUAUACCCAUUUUUUGUCUGCUUUUGAUUGAUUAUACAUUUUUACCCCCUCCCUCAAAUUGCAGUCACCUCUGGUUUCAACCUCUCUCAUUUGAAGAGGAAAUCAAAUCGUGACUCUGUAAAAACCAAUGAAAGUGGCUGUGUCACUGUCUGACGUUCUGGCCCUUUGUGGAAUGGAACUUUGUGUCGCUGCUACGGCCACACCAGAACUCACCUCAUAAAUGGGCCUGGAUCAGAACCUUUAAAGUUAGCUACACUGCUCCCCUCCCUCCUGGUAUUACAGUGCUUCAGAAUCAGAAAUGUAAGCUGUUCUGUGUCGAAAAAAUGAAAGCAAUAAAGAUAUAUUAAUGAAAGGUGUGAAUCAAACUGGCCUGGUGGUGUCUUUUAUUGUCUGGCACAAACCUGCAUUGAUCACCUGUACUUUGAAUUUAGUUUUACACUAUGUAUGGCCCUGUAUACACAGUUUGUACAACACAUUUGACACAACAGUUGUGAUACAACAGAGUUUGUCUUUACAAAAAUGUUUACACAGCUGUUUUGGAGACACUGAUUGUGUUAAAGUUCUUGUGCAGACAAACCCUCGGUUGUAGCGCAAAAAUAUCUGUUGAAUCACAACCAUUGAGUCCAAUAUGUGUAGAUCAGUUGUGCAACCUGAGCAUGGAAGUGGCCUCAAGGUUCAAACUGAGCCAAGCCCGAGCUAUGCUGGGCUGCCCUGGUUAUACGUCCACCAGCUGCUGGAAAGCGUGAAACAAUGUAAAAAGAAAAUAUCCAAGCCGGCAUAUUACAGUUCAGGGCAACCCUGUCCUAUACACGUUGAAUCAAUCAAGCAUGUGUCUUGUAAUCCAUGAAUGUAGGGUGCGAAGUGAACAUACUCAAAAUUCACCCAUGUCCACGUGGUGCCCCAUUUUUUUAACUAUAGGAUCGUUCCACAAAAUGAGUCCCUUUUUGAGUAGUGUAACUUGAUCAACUUAAUAAAAAACACAUUUUCCAAUCUCAAUGGGUGAAAUUAAAGAAAUUACUAUUGUAAUUGCCUAUUAAGUGCCAAAUAAGUAUCUUAAAUCAGCCAUACAUCCCCUUGUGACAGGGGGAAUAGAAGCUUAUUGUGUGCAAACAGGGAGGGAAAAUUGAAUGCAAAAAUG